UACAAAGUAGUACUUCAACAUAGUUUUCCAAAAUUGAGCUCCACUGUUAUUAGAAUACCGCCAAUUUUUCCAGUAUUUGGUUUUUUAAGAAUCGCACUUCGAUCGUUACUCAUUUUCUCUGCAAAGCAGAACCCAUUGAAAACGUAAUGGAAAAGCAUUUGCAAGGCUAAUGACACUUGCCCCAAGAAUUGAGGGUUUCGAUAGCUAUUGCGUUUUAGUGGCAGUCUGAAGCGAAGUUCGGCGGACGAGAGAUGACGUUGAUACUACUGGCCGCCCUGUCGAGCAUCUACACCGGGAUGUUCAAUUACGUGAAGGCCAAAUUCCCGUUCGUGAUCGAGGCCGCCAUGGUGACUCUGUGCUUUGGCUCCAUCGUCGGCCGAUUCUGCAUAAUGGUUUAGGAGAAAACUGAGGAGGCUCGAGACUGUGCGAAUCGGAGGAACUUUAUGUAUAUUUAUAUGAAUGUGUCUUGUGGCCUUAUGUGAAUACAACUAAAAACUUAAAUCUAAA